UGCUUUGUUACAUUUUCGACAUUUUCUCUAGAAUAUUUCAGUUUAAAUUAAGAAAAUUGUUUUGUUUUGGGUGUUUUUGACAGUAGUUGGCAGUGCUGCCACAAUCUUACGUCAACCAAUGAGGCAAGGAAAGAAAUUAGGAGCAUUUGCCUUCAGCUGCAAAUUGUUCCCUUAUGUGACAUGGCGUCUGAUAGGAAAGUUAGUUCUUGAACGGGAUCAGGCGUUAUUUAGGUUUUUAUGACAUCAUUUGACGAGGCGGCUUGCUGUAAAAGCCAAAAACAUUAUUCAGAGACUUGCAUUGAUGGUAAUGCAUGCAAGGAAAACGCAACGGAUGAACGAUGGGUACUUCGAGAAGCACCAAGCCCACCCGUAUCAGAGCUCGAAGUAUAGUUCGUCAAAAAGUUAUGGUUCGAGCAGCGAUAGGUACGAACGGAUCCGAGAAUCGCCGAACGGAAACUAUCGCUCGGACAGUCCAGAUUCCCAAUCGCCCAGAGAUAGGGACAGAUCGUACCAGUCAAAGAGCUCCUAUCUACAGAAAAUACGUGAAAAGGAGAGAGAAAAUAGAGACUACAAGGUGGCCAGGGAUUCUAGGGACAAGUAUUUGGACUGUACUAGGUCUCCAAAGGACAAGCGCAGCAGGGAGUCCGAGCACCGAUCUAACUCCGAUCGAGGUGAUGAGAAAGGCGUAUUACAUCCCAUAAAGGUUUCACAGAUAUCAUCUAGGGAUAGAAAGCCUAUGCAUAACAACUGUGUAGAUAAGAGAGAUGAUAGAGAUAGGGUAACCCGGGUAGGAGACUGGUCUGAACACGUGAGUUCAUCUGGGAAGAAAUAUUACUAUAAUUGUAAGACGGAAGUGUCACAAUGGGAGAAGCCCCGCGAGUGGGUGGAACGAGAAAGGGAACGAUUUCGAAGUACCAGAGAUAGAGACAGAGAUUCUGAUGGCGGCAGAGGAUAUAGCAGCAGUUCAAGCCGUUCGGGGGCGCGGCAUGAAAAACAUUCCAACUCUAGAGGUGGGAACAGUAGUUGCAGUAGCAGCAUUGGGAGUAGCAAAGAUCACGGCAGAGAGGCGGCAGCUACAGCUAGCAGACACUGGGGCAGCAGAGAGGACAAUGAUUCCGCCAAGGAGUCCAGGUCGUCGUCCCGAAAACACUCGGCCGAGGAUAUCAUACAACAGACUACUCAUAGUGUUGAUAUGGAUAUUUCCCCCGGUGACAGCACACCGACCUCUGAGGUAUCGUACGGAGGCGGUUCGACGUCGUGCGCUUCACAGCAGCAACAACAGCAACCUACUGCAUCGUCGUCCACGCCCGACGGUUGCGGCACCGCCCCCGUUCUUCUAGCUACCGCCCUGCCACGAUUAGCAUGUCAUCCGCCCGCCGCCGUGGCAACAGUGGUCUCAGGCGCGGGGGUGGCGUCUCCUAAUGCGCCUGGACCUCCGGUGACGUGCAGCGGCAACGGUGAGGCGGUACUACCUGGUGCGGUGGACGGCGUGACCUCUCAGGGCGUCGAUUGCGUAGGGACCGUAGGACCAAUGGCGAUGGAAGCUGCGUCUACGAUGAGCAAUCAUCACCAACUGGACGGCAGAGGCAGAUUGUCGGGGGCGGCGCUUACAGGUGGUGGGGGAGUGCCGACCAUGGGAGGGAGUGGCGGUGGAGGUGAUGGACCGCCCACGCCUACGCAUUCCGAAACUCCUGACUGCGCUAAGGCAGUAGCAGUACCUGUGAGUAGCCCACCGGGCGGCCUUUCGACGCUCCAGGGCGUUUCUAGUUCCCUGCAAGCAUUGCGACCUCAAGGGCCUACGAUCACGCCCUCAUUAGCCAACCACUAUAGGGAUGAUCUUGUGAAUCAUGUUAGGGGGUGGCCCGCAGAAGUUUUAGAAAAACAGGCCAAUAAGCUAGCCGAAGAAGCACAUUAUAUGGGAAGUAUACAAUGUGCAAAAGUCUCUGCAGAACUGAAGUCUGCUAGGUCAAUAGUUCGUCUUACAGAAAUCCAAGCAACAUUACAAGAGCAAAGCACCCGUUAAAAAAUGAGGGAAUCUUUUUGAAUAAUACGAUGAACUCACCAUAGCCGCAGCGCCAAAUUUGAACUCCGGCCCCCCAGAUGACUGCUGCUGAGGUUGCGAUUGCGACGCUCCAAAGUUGAAUCCGG